AUGGGGAAUGAUCAUGCCUUAGAGAUUUCUGAUGAGCUCGGGUGCAAGACACAUAUAGCAAAUGGGAUCAUGAAGAUUGUUAGAGGGACGCUUGUUGUUAUAAAAGGAGAAAAAAUAGCUGCAAAUCUAUACAUCCUUAAGGGAGAGACUCUGCAGGAUGCUGAUUCAUGUGUGGCAUCAACCAGUCGUGGAGAAGAACAAACCAUGAUGUGGCAUCACAAAGUAGGCCACAUGUCAGAACGGGGCUUGAAGAUUCUCUCCGAUCAGAAGCUGUUUCCUGGACUUAAUUCAAUAGCUCUUCCCUUCUGUGAGUAUUGUGUUACAAGUAAGCAGCAUCGACUAAAGUUCAACAUAUCGAGUUCUAGAAGCAAUGCUAUUCUGGAGCUAGUUCAUUUUGAUGUAUGGCAAGCACCAAUUACAUUUAUGUGA